CUUUAUCUCUGUCCUUGUAACUGGUGGUUGGUGGUUUCCGGCCAACAGCCCCAUUUCCGGAGGCCCAGCAGAGCCUAGGCGGAGCUAGGAGGGACAGUGGGGCUGGGCCUGAGUGGCCCCAUCGGCCCCGCCUCUGUCUAUCUUUGGGAUUUAUUUGUCACGGGCACUGCUGGUCCGCAGUUUAUUUCUUAUCAGGGGCCCAGAGCAGCUCUGACCACCCCAGGAGUCUCUCUCCCAACCCAAGCAACUCUAAUUGACCUCUGACUCCUGACCUCUGGCCCCACUUGCCCUGCCCAGCUUUCCCUGGGGCUGAGAAGCACCUCGAAUCUCCACUGUGUAGACGUGGGUAUCAAUGCCCUGUUCCCCGUGACAGCAAAGGCCGUGAAGGGGGAUCUGUUCUGAGCCGCAGUCUGGUCCACCAUGGUACGGCGACUGCAGGGUGAAUUGGCUGGCUUCUUCUUCGAGUAUGACACCCCUCGAAUGGUGCUCGUGCGCAACAAGAAGGUGGGCGUUACCUUCCGGCUUAUCCAGCUUGUGGUUCUGGUCUAUGUCAUCGGGUGGGUGUUUGUCUAUGAGAAGGGCUACCAGACCUCCAGUGGCCUCAUCAGCAGUGUGUCUGUGAAGCUCAAAGGCCUGGCCGUGACCCAGCUCCAGAACUUUGGCCCCCAGGUCUGGGAUGUGGCUGACUACGUCUUCCCUGCACAGGGGGACAGCUCCUUUGUGGUCAUGACCAAUUUCAUCGUGACCCCUCAGCAGGCUCAAGACUACUGUGCAGAGCACCCAGAGGGGGGUACAUGCAAGGACAACAGCAGCUGCAUCCCAGGGAAGGCAGAAAGGAAGGCCCAAGGCAUUCGCACGGGCAAGUGUGUGGCCUUCAACGACACUGUGCAGACGUGUGAGAUCUUUGGCUGGUGCCCUGUGGAGGUGGAUGACAAAAUCCCAAGCCCUGCCCUUCUCCAAGAGGCCGAGAACUUUACUCUCUUCAUCAAGAACAGCAUCAGCUUUCCACGCUUCAAGGUCAACAGGCGCAACCUGGUGGAGGAGGUGAAUGCCUCCUACAUGAAGACCUGCCUGUAUCACAAGACUUUACACCCUCUGUGUCCUGUCUUCAACCUUGGCUAUGUGGUGCAACAGUCAGGCCAGGACUUCCGGAGGCUGGCUGAGAAGGGUGGGGUGGUUGGCAUCACCAUCGACUGGAAUUGUGACCUGGACUGGCAUGUGCGACAUUGCAAACCCAUCUAUGAGUUCCAUGGGCUGUACGGGGAGAAAAACCUGUCUCAAGGCUUCAACUUCAGGUUUGCCAGGCACUUUGUGGAAAAUGGGACCAACCACCGUCACCUCUUCAAGGUGUUUGGGAUUCGCUUUGACAUCCUGGUGGAUGGCAAGGCUGGGAAAUUUGACAUCAUUCCCACAAUGACCACCAUUGGCUCUGGGAUUGGUAUCUUCGGGGUGGCCACUGUUCUCUGUGACCUGUUGCUGCUCCACAUCCUGCCAAAGAGGCACUACUACAAACAGAAGAAAUUCAAGUAUGCAGAGGACAUGGGGCCAGGAGUGGAGGGGCGUGAUCCUGCGACCACCAGCUCCACCCUGGGCCUACAGGAGAACAUGAGGACCUCUUGAUUUCAGCCCCUGACUUCAGACUGGACGCAGCGCCCAGCUACAGACUGGGGCCUUGGUGGGUCCCAGCCAAGGACAGGGGUCUCUCCUGGGAAUCUCCUGUGCGCUCAGCCAGGCAGAUUCAUCUGCCCACAGCUCAGGGUGGCUACUAGGAGGGAUUGGUGCAAUCUGGGGCUCUGGCUCUAACUCUUCAUCCUCCAAAACAGCCCAAUUCCCAGUCUCAGCCACUCCUAUUCCCAAAGGCCCUGGCAGGGCACACCCACACACCUGUACCCUAGCUUUGUGCUUAUUACCUGGGGCCUUCAGUAUCCAUCCCAUUCCUUCAGUUUCUCUAGAUCCGUGCUCUCCAACAUGUCAGCCAGUAAUCACAGGGGGCUACUUAUAAGAUGGAAUAAAAUUUACAAUUCCUCAGUUGAACUAGGCACAUUUCAGCUACUCAGUAGACACACAUGGCCGGGGGCUGCUAUAUCAGACCCCACAGGAUGUCUUCAUCAUCACAGAAGGUUCCUUUGGGAAGGUCUGUUUGCACCUUGUUUCUGCCCUGCCUCAGAUAUUCAGGCCCCUGAACCUGAAGCUGCCAGGGCAGUCCCAUGGAUAGCAAAUGCCCAGGCCACUUUGCGACUUGGAUUGAAGAGCUGCUGCCCUAGAGCUUGCUGACUCAGAGCUCUCUUGGUAGAGUGACUUAUGCCUGGGCUGCACCACCUGGCAGAUGUGGGCAUUGAACAAGGGCUCAAACACCCUCAGCCAGUGUGUAGUGUGUUCACGUGCCACACAGUGAUUCAUACACACGCACCCCCAUGUGCACCCCCACCUACAAGCACACCACCACCCAUGCACACACAACCCUCCAUCCACGCUGUGUUUGAACAGCUUGGGCCUGCAAACACAGCCAUCUGAGCACACCUACACCCCAAGCAGAGACACAUGGUCCUUGCUGUGUCUCCUCCAUGGGGAAAUGCUUCUUCCCUAGUGUGUUAGGCCAGGACAGCCCUUCUAGCCUUGAAUCCUUUCUCAGCUACCUCGGGCUGGGAUGCAAGCCCUGGGCUCUGUGCCCCAGCUUUCGGGCCUGACUGGCUCUAUUGGAACAAAAGAGCUGGGGAAAGCGAAGGUGGAGUCCAAUA